GUGCUUUUUUUUAAUUUUUCAUCACACUAGAGCCCUGUCACAAUUGAGUUUGACGUUUGCAGACAAUAUUUUUGCUUGUAAAAUUUGCAGAUUUUUUCGUGGAAGAUUUUAAAUAAAAAUUAAAGCAAAAUGUCUAGUACUCCUGCAGCUACUGGUAGCAUUCCAAAACCAGUGUUACGUGGCCUUCACAACGCUACUAUUAAGAAAAAUUUAAUUGUAGCCAUCGCAUUGACCACCGUUGCGACUGUUGCUUUUAAGGUACUCGUCAACGACCCUAAGAAGAAGGCAUACGCUGAAUUCUACAAAAAUUACGAUGCAGAAAAAUCAUUUGAAAGAAUGCGAAAAAAUGGUCGUUUCCAGUCAUGUUAAAUAAUUUGUAAAUGCCAAGAGCAUUAUUUUUAAUAUUAAUAACUGCUGUCAAAUCUUGCGUUUAAAUUAGUUUAAUGUUAAAACCAAAGCCAGCAGAAAUAAUAACUCUUAUAAAAUA